AUGACAUUCCCAUCAGAAUUAACGCCAAUUGCUCAUAAGCAAGCCCUUUGUCAACAAUAUGUUGGUAAAUCAAUUCACGAGAUUCCAACUCCAUCAAUCAUAAUCAAUAGAAAUAAAUUUAAGACCAAUUGUCAACAUAUGAUAGACAAUGCUAAGCAUUUAGGUGCUGAUUUCCGUCCUCAUAUCAAAACUCAUAAAACUGUUGAAGGAACAUUAUUACAAUUAGGAAACCAAGGAGAUAAGAUUGUUGUAUCUACCAUGAUGGAAGCUUGGAAUGUUCUUAAACAUAUUCCUCAGAUUAAGGAUGUUCAUUUUAGUUUACCAGUUGUUAAAUCCCGGAUUGAAGAAUUUGCUGAAUUUAGUAAGAAUGUUGAACAUUUACGAUUAAUGUUGGAUCAAGUUGAUCAAUUGAAUGCAUUGGUUGAAUAUAGGAAACAGAAUCCUGAUAUUAAGAAAUGGUCGAUAUUUAUAAAGAUUGAUAUGGGGACCCACCGUGCUGGUCUUGGAAUUGAAGAUAAAGAACUUGUUCAAAUCUUGAAAUUGGCAUUAUUGGAUGAUGAAGUAAAACAACAUAUUGAGAUUUAUGGACUUUAUUGUCAUGCUGGACAUUCAUAUUCUUCUGAAUCUGAACUUGAUGCUAAGAAGUAUCUUAUCGAUGAGAUUGUAGCUGCUAAUAAUGCUGCAUUGUUAGUCAAAUCAAUUGAUCCAGAUGUAAACCAGUUAGUUCUCUCAGUUGGAGCAACUCCCACAGCACAUGCUUCUGAAAUGUUAUCCCAAUCUGAAAUCAAUGCUUUGUUGGGAGAUGGGAAACAAUUACAAGGGAAAUUGGAAUUACAUGCUGGAAAUUAUUCUUGUUGUGAUUUACAACAAUUAUCAACCGGAUGUAUAUCCCAACAAAUCAUCUCCAUGACAGUCCUUAGUGAAAUCGUAUCCACCUACCCAAAUAGAGGUGAUUCCGCACCGGGAGAACAACUUAUUAAUGCAGGGGUACUUGCAUUAGCUAGAGAGUUUAGUGCGAUUCGUGGACAUGGGAAAGUAGUUGAACCUCAGGGAUAUGGUGAUUGGAUAGUGGGGAGAUUAAGUCAAGAACAUGGAGUUUUGACUCCAAAUGGUGAGAAUUGUAAGUUUAUACCAUUUGGUACAAGAGUGAAAGUUAUUCCUCAACAUGCUUGUAUUGCUGCUGCUUGUCAUCCAUUUUAUUUUGUGGUUGAUGAAGAUGAAGAAAUUGUUGUUGAUGUUUGGGUUCCAUUUAGAGGAUGGUAG